AUGCCGGAUUUCGAAAUCGACAACCUGACCGUGCUGCUGCUCGCCCUCCUGGCGGGUCUGGCCAUAUACCACAGGUUCCUCUCCUCCCCCAACCCCCUCGUCCAUCCGCUCUUGCUCGGAAAGCAGAGUGAAGUGUCUUCCAUCAGGAAAAGCGGAGAGACUGGUGUUUACCGUGCAUGGGCUACGGGCCAGGGAACUCCUCUCACAGUGCGACCUGCAAACACUGUCAAGACUGUCCAGGACCUCGUCAACUUCCCCCCCGAAGACCCCAAAGACCUUGACAAGCGCCCCGAGCAGCGAUGCAUCCUCGACAUCAAGGCGGGUUCUUUCGGACGUCUUCUGACUGACGAGGCAUUCGCCGAGAUUGUUCGACUGGUUCCUCUCGGUAUCGAACUCCUCUUCCCGCGAGCUUCUGCUGCCUCCGUCUCGAGUAUCGUCACCCUCAUCCCCCCAUCGCCUGUCACUUCGCUUCCUCUCCUCUUGCUUUCCCUAUCCGCCGUCCCCGUCAGGCCGCUCGUCAUUCUGCCUUCUCCCCGACUUUUGACCUCUGCUCUUACUGCGACCUCGCACCCCGCUGCCGGAGUCGUCGUCGUUUUUGCCGACCUUCUUGGUGAGGUGCUGGAGCAGGUCUGGGAAGACACUGGCGACAAGGUCGGGAUUCUCGUCAUUGGUGAUGCUGGCAAACUUCGGGCGAGUCUCGUGGAGGAAGCCAGGAGCAAGGGCUUGAAUGUUCAUUGGUGGGAGGAGGUUUGGGAGGUGGCUGAGACUGAAAAGGCGGAUGCCUUGAAGCUUCCUGACUCGCACUUCAACGACGUUCACAGCUACUAUUACUCUGAGACCGACGACCCCGAGGCGCCUGCUGUCCUCAAAGUCACCCACCUGGCAAGUAACGCCACUGCUGGUAUCGCUUCCCUACUGUCCAUCUUCCCCGCCGACAAGCGCCCUUCAAACAAACUGCACGAUGUCGUCGCCAGUGCUGUCAGGCUUGACACGCCGUUGGGUAUGACUAUCGCUCUUGCUAGUAUCUGGAAUGGCGCCGAGUUUAGAUUGAUAGGCAACCAGGAGCCUGUAUGGGACCCCGAAGAGGUUGAUCACGCCGAGGAGCUCACUGCUCUCGUCGACUCGGAGAAAGACCUGCCAAAGCCUACUGUCUUGUUCAUCACCCCCAAACACCACCGGGCCCUCGUAAACAAGCUUGCGUACAGCUACCAAGCCCACCCCUACACUUCCCUCGCUGCCCGACACAAAGCCCAUGGUCUCCGAUCCGGCCACGUCUCCAGGGAUGGUAUCUGGGACAAGAUCAUCUGGUCUGGUAUGCGCGAGAAUGUCUUGGGCGGUGUGGCGGGUAAUAAGCUGAGAGCCGUCAUUCUCGUCGGCGACGCUCCUCCUGCGUCUGCCCUCGGCGCUUCGCACCUCCUUCUCUCCCUCCCAUUCACCAGACUUCAUCCCUCCAUCUAUUCUACCGGCCCCGUCUUUGCUUCCCACUUUUACGACCUUCAGUCUCCUGGGGUGAACCAUAUCCUCAAAGACGUAGACCUCUGGGAAUCUCCAGCGUCUGGUGACAAGUCUCACUCUGGUCCUCCUUCCAGCAACCUGGAAGUGUUGUUGAAAGGUGAAGGUAUUGACAAGGCGCAUGAUGAGAAUGGGAAAUGGCUUGAGGGACGGAUCUACUUGAGAGGUCCUACGGUACUGGAGAGAGUCGAUGGAGGGGCCAAGAUUGAAGAAGGGUGGGUGGAUAUUGGAGAGCACGCCAAGGCUCAGACAAAUGGCACAUUCAUCGUGGAUGGACCGGCAAAGUAG